CGACACUUAGCCUAUUUUCAUCGGCGCAUGCGGCUUUCAGCAACAUGGCGGCCAAGGUACAGCUGUUUUGCUUGGACACCUUUCCUACUCAGCUAAACCCUUUACAUGUUCUUGUUUCCAAGUAUCAGUUCAGCCAUUUAUUUCCGAACAAUGACGAGUCCACCUGCGUGUUUUUGUUGUCGGCACGGAGACGGCAUUCUUCUUCCAGGGUAGAUAUUUUGCUCUGUGCGCACCUUACGACAGAAGAAGAGAUACCGGAGUGCAGACCAAUCGCAGAUACGUCUCUGAAGCUGUACACAAGCAAAACCUUCCACCGACAUUAUGGAUUUCCUCUGGAUGCAGCGGGAACCGUGCGUUUAACAUCACCGGUAGGGCUGAGUAAAGUUAUGAUAGGUGCACGAAGCCGACAGACUUUCAAAUGGGCGAGUUCCGAUAAGUUCUCGAAUGGAUUGCUAAUACUGGCGUCUUGUCAGAAACAAACUCUUCUCGUCAGACAAGGCGACGUACUGUUAAUACCCUAUCAUCCACUGUUCGGUGAAGAUAUUGCACAGGUGCACCAGCAUCUUUUUGACUUGGUUGUGUUGGAAUGCGCGCCUGUGGCCCAGGGAGUCAUCACAAUAACUACCAGUGUGUUGGUUACUGACUGCAGGGAUCUGGCGCAGUAUCCAGGCGCACUGGAACUAUGCAACAACACGACUGCAACUAUGACCAGAACUAUAACCUCACUGUACGUUUCGGAUUUCGCACAUUAUGCUAAUAGCCUCAGCGGCAGUUCCUUGUUAGAUAAUAAGCAAUUGCUGAAUACGGGAUUCUCGGCCGUUCUCCAAGCAUUGGAAUGCAGGAUUGAUGUUAGAGUUGUCGAUAUUACUAGCCUGACCAGGCAAGGGAGAAUCAGACCAAAAGUAGAUGUGGAAUCUGCCGUAGACGUGGAUGGUUCAAUUUUCAUGAGCAAGAAUUUACUGCUAAAAUUGGGACUGUUCAACCAGGAGUGGGUUGUGGUUUCAGCGCUAGGCCUCCUUACUGAUAAAAGUAAAACCUGCGGCAGAAGUGAGGUCCCACAGAGUCCUGGUGCCGGGGAAGAGACGCGGAGCAGGGGGUGUGCUCACCUCGCGGCCGUAGUUGUCGCCGACUUCGUGAAAUCCCCAGAUCUAGAUCUUCAAGACAACGUGGGCUACGUUUCCCCCGCGCUGUGGUUCAACCUGUCCAACGGAGAGCCAGUGCCUGUCCAUAGCCGAGUGGUGAAGAUAAAGAGGCGCAACGAGCCACUUCCUCCCCCCGUGACGGCGCUUUCAGAAAGUCAGUCGCGCACCGCAUCACCACCUUUCGCCAAAGAGCUCCACCUAGACAGGAUUGCCUCUCCGGACUACAACUGUCAUGGCGUCUUCGACAAUGUUCUCUCUGAACACUUUGGCACUCCGAGGUUGGUGCAGCAGGGAGAUGUGCUAUGUGUUCCCACGGACGGGCACCCUGAGGUCUUAUCCAGCAACACAGAACGAUUCACCAGGUGGCCAGUUCUGUGCUUUAAAGUGAAGAAGGUGUGCGGUAGCACCGGGGAGCUGGCUGGCUUGGGUCCUACCGGGUUCCUGGCAGAUAGAGACCACACCUCUCUGUACAUGGGGGGUUCAGUGAACAGCCCCGCACCGCAUUCCUGUCUGGGUGAUGCUCCCUCCUUCUGGACCAGCCUAUCUCCUCCUGGGCUCUCCAGCACAGUAGAACUGCUAACGUCCACCAUGCAGCCGUACAUGAGCACGAGCUCCUCUGCUCUGACAGGCAUCUGCAGCGUCCUGCUAUCGGCCCCCCGAGGGAGUGGAAAAGCCACGAUUCUCAGAGCGGCGUGUCGGAGAUUACACCUGCACCUGCUGCAGGUGGAUUGCGUCUCUCUCUGCGCAGACACGCCAGCUGCCUGCGAGGUGAAGAUGCAGACAGCCUUCUCUCGGGCGCAGCUGCACACGCCCUGCGUGCUGUUGCUUAGGAACCUGCAGCUGCUGGGCCGGUUGCAGGGCGGAGCCGAGCCAGACCCCAGAGUGCUCUCCACCCUCUGCCAGCUUAUCGCCAGCGCCCCCCAAAGUGUUACCGUAGUAGCCACAGUGUGUGAUGCCCAGGAGCUGUCCCCGGAUGUGAUGGCAGCAUUUGUCCACCAGAUGGUGGUGGAGAGCCCCACAGAUGAGCAGAGGAGGGCGAUGCUGGCCAGCCUGAGUGCAGGACUGCCCCUGAGCAAAGCCCUGAGCCUGGGCCACCUGGCCAAACAGACUGCAGGGUUUCUUUUAGGUGACUUGUGUGCAUUAGUGACGUUAGCUGGCAAGGUGGCCCGCAGAAGGGUUCUGAGUUUAUGUUUCCCGGGAGGGGCGACUGUGGGACAGGAGAGGGACCUGUGCUCUUUUGGGGUGACCGUCCUGUUGCAGGAUUUCACCAGCGCUCUGGAGCAGCUGCAGAAGACCCACGCCCAGGCCAUCGGCGCCCCCAAGGUGCCCUUGGUCAGGUGGCAGGAUGUGGGCGGGCUGCAGCAGGUGAAGCAGGAGAUCCUGGACACCAUCCAGCUGCCCCUGGAGCACCCGGAACUGCUGUCCCUGGGGCUGCGGCGGUCCGGCCUCCUCCUGUACGGCCCCCCCGGCACCGGCAAGACCCUCCUGGCCAAGGCUGUGGCCACAGAAUGCGCCAUGACCUUCCUCAGUGUUAAAGGUCCAGAACUCAUCAACAUGUAUGUUGGACAAAGUGAGGAGAAUGUCCGAGAAGUGUUCAGUAAAGCUCGAGCUGCGUCUCCCUGCAUCAUCUUCUUUGAUGAGCUGGACUCCCUGGCGCCCAAUAGGGGGCGCAGUGGGGACUCUGGAGGAGUGAUGGACCGGGUGGUUUCGCAGCUCCUAGCUGAACUGGAUGGACUGCACUCAUCUGGGGAUGUGUUUGUGAUUGGAGCAACCAACCGUCCAGAUCUGCUCGACCAAUCUCUGCUCAGACCUGGCAGGUUUGAUAAACUGGUCUAUGUUGGGAUCACUGAAGACAAGGAGUCUCAGCUACAGGUCCUGAAGGCUAUUGUGAGAAAGUUCCAGGUGGAUCCGAGCGUGAGCCUCUCGGCUGUGGUAGAGCGCUGUCCUGCUCAGCUGACUGGAGCUGACCUCUACGCCCUGUGCUCAGAUGCCAUGACGACCGCCAUUAAGCGCAAAAUUCACAGCAUUGGCGAAGGUUUGGACACAGAGAUAUCUGCGCUAACGUUAACGGCUGAGGAUUUUGCGGAGGCACUGGAGAGACUGCAGCCAUCCGUCUCGGACCAAGACCUUGCCAAGUACAAGCUCAUUCAGCAAAAGUUCACCACAAAAUAGGGCCACCUCCUCAAAAUACAACCCCUUUCAAACCCUGCCAAUCACAAGGCUGUGCUGGGCCACUCUACACCAAUCAUAGGCCAGUGCUGGGACAGUCUACACCAAUCCUUUGCAUGGAAACAGAGGCACUGUUAAUCCCGGAGGGUGUCCAUGUGGACCGCCCUAGUGUCUCUGACAGUACCGUGUGCAGUACAAGCAAAAAAAUGUCAUUUAACAACCAUGAGGUACAGCAAAACUGCAUCUUUUACUCAACAAAUGAAAUAUGAUAUUCAUAAAGGUGAAGGUCACCGGUGACUGUUGCUGUUUCCCUGAUGUAAUAAAAUAAAAUAAAAUACAAACAGUGAGGAAUAAUAGAAAGAAAAUUCCUAAACUGGACAUUUUAACCAGAUAUAUAAAAACAGAUCUUAAUCUCAAACAGAAGGAACACAUUCAGUAGUAGUUGAGUAGACUUGUUCCAUUAAACAACACCAUUAACUCUUAACUGUAUGAUUGGUAAGAUUCUUUGAAAACUCCAAAUGACAACCUGGAUUUUAGCCAAGUUAAGUUUAAUCUACAAACGAUUGUUUGCCUACAAACACGGUCACAAUAUUGGCGUGCCACCUAUGCAGUAAAUCAUUGGAAGAAUCCAUUUUACUCAGUUUUACUCAAAUUUACAUUGGUAUUUGUAAGGAUUAUUUUCUUUAAUCUUUGUAUACUGACUGUUAAAAAUUUACUUCAUGGUUAUAGCCAGUAAUAAGUAUGCAUUGAUAUGAAAGCUGGUGGCUUAAAAGAUCUGUUUUAUGGCCUUAAUUGGCUCUCGAGCCUGAGCAAGUGGGUGAUGGGUUCUGAAGUUUUAACUGCUGUUAGUUGUUCUUACAAGAUCCUGGAUGUCUGUUUCAGUUUCCUUAAUGCAGCGCUGUUGUAAUUUAGGAUUGCUGAAGUGUGUACUUUGCUUAUUGGCUGGACUCUGCUAUCAGUGGCCAGUGCUAAUGAGAAAUAUUUUGCCCCAAACUGGCAUUUUCUGGUUGGGCUGAUGGUUCGUUUGGGGAAACUGGUCUUGGCAUAAGCUGUUUAAUGUAGAAGCUGCCUGUUGGUUUAUCACCACCCUGCACUUUUGGAGUGCCACUGUUUUACUUCCUCAAGCUCAGUUAUUCUAAACAUCAGGCGCUGUACCAGAAAUAAAUCACCAGAGACGGGGCUAUCGAUUAUGUUAUUAAACUAAAUGUUGGCACAGAAUGUAAAUAAUUUACAGUCACACUCUUUGUAAUAUAAUGAAUCAUAAUAAAUGUGUAUUUAAGAGAUGAUGUACACGUUACUGUGUAUGAAUAAAAUGAUUAAUUUGUG